UCGGAGGCUGCGGAUCUCAAGAAGUACUGAGGUGUAGUAUCGAAGUGUAGGAGAUGACUCAAAAGGAGUCGCCUUUCCCUCGCUCCUUCUCGUUUUGAGGGGAGCGGAAGCGGGCGGCUGUGCAAAGGUAGCGUCUUGGAGCGGAGAGAUGAGCGCGGGGACAGAUAAUGCGGCGGCUGAUGGCGGUCGGAGAUGUGGUGAGCAGAUGGAGUUGGUGGUGAGAGGAAAGAGGGACGUGAAGCCUAUGUUCGUCAGGGUCGGUAUCGCCAUUGCUCUCUCCUUGGCCGGCUUCGUCGUCUCCCAGCUCCGGCCCCAUCCACGCUCUUCCCUUCGUCCGCCUUCUCGUCGGCCCUCGCCCUCAGCUGCUGCAGAGUCGAAAUCAGGUGGGCAGGAUAGCGGCGGUUGCCUCCAACAGGAAGUCGGCACCCUGAAAACUGAAGAGGAUUUGAUGGAGAUUAUCAAUGGCACCGCCAUCACUGCCACAGGCGAAGAAGCAGGCUUUCUCUUGCCUGGAUUUGACGAUCUUGUAAUGCAAGAAUUUGAGGUGACAAGGAAGGACCUGGAAACCACCCCAAUUACCACCAUGCCUGAGAAACCUGUGAUGCAAGAAAGGGCCAUGAUGGAGCAAGAGAUUACAAAUCUUAAGGAGUUGGUUUUGUCCCUACAGGAGAGGGAGAGGUGUCUUGAGCAACAGUUGUUAGAUUACCAUGGACUGAAAGGGCAAGAAGCUGUUGUGAGAGAGCUUGUGAAUCGAUUGAAGAUUAGUUCGAUGGAGGCUAAGUUGUACAUGUUAAAGAUUGAGUCUUUGCAGGCUGACAACCAGACUCUACAAGCUCAGCUGGAGGACUAUGCGAAAGCAAUUAGUGAGCUUGAUGCUGCAAGGGAACAUAUUAAGCUUUUGGAUGAGAAGUUGGAAUCAGAUAGGGACAAGGAAAAAGAGAUAAUGGUCUCCCUUCACCAGAGAAUCAGUUCGUUACAGCAAAGGGAGCAGAAAGAUGUGGAGAAUGAUGCAGAGGUCAAAAGCAAGUUGAAGAAGUUGGAGGAACUGGAACAUGAGUCCAUGGAUCUCAGAAUGAUCAACUCAAGGUUGGCAGAGGAGAAUUCAGACUUGGCGAGGAAGUUGAAAUCCACACAAAAUACUGCAUCUGCAGUUCGUGAGGAUGCAAAGGCAGAAGCAUUGGAGGAAGCCAACCGCUUCAGGAAGGUGAAUGAAAAAUUGAUAGAGGAGAUUGAACAGCUCCAAAUUGAUCGGUGCACUGAUGUUGAGGAGCUGGUGUAUCUUCGAUGGGUAAAUGCUUGCUUAAGGUACGAGCUGAAGAAUCACCAGCCACCUUCAGAAGAAACACUUGCAAGAGAUCUUAGCAAGAGUUUGAGUGUUAAAUCCAAAACGAAGGCCAAACAACUUAUACUGGAAUAUGCCAAUUUGGGUGCUGAUGAAAAAAGUUCGAAUUAUUUUGAAGUCAACUCAAAUUAUUCUUCUUCUUCACAAGCAUCUGCCGGAGAACCUGAAGAUACGUCAAUUGACAACUCAUCCUUGGUAAAACAUGGUAGUUCAAAUAAAGCAAAGUUUCUUAACAAACUUAAGAAGAUAGUGUUAGGAAAAGGCAAGCACAGUAAGAAAGUUUCAGCCGUAGAUACAAGCUCUGGAAGUUCCGAAAGAAGAGCAUCUUUCUCGACCUGUUCUUUUGAUGAUGCCAUUGGAAUGGAUUCAUAUGAUAGCUCAUCAUCAUGCAUGAUAGAGAAAGUGGCUGCAGUGAAUUCAUUGGCAGGAACAGAAGCACAAACAGUUGAAGGACAAUGUAAUAAAGAUGUUUUCUCUCAAGAUAACUCUAGGCUCUCUUUAGACAUUCAAAGGUUGCAGGAGCAUGAUCUGGAAGAAGUAAUGGAGGAAAAAGGCCUGCUUCGUAGAAGGGAUUGUGCAACAUCAUGUGAUUAUAUGAAAAUAUCCUUUUUAGAACAUUCAUUAAUCAGUUGUGAAAGGAAUCCUCUUGAUCAAGAAAAUGCUUACAUUCCUGAUAAAGUUGAGCUGAAAAAGUAUGCAGAUGCUUUGAGAAGUUCAAGAGGGAUACCCAAAUUAAAUAGAAGAUCAGCAUCUUCUAGAUAUUGAUGCCAAUAUAUUUCAUCACGGAGUAUUAGUUGUCCAAACACAGCUGAAGUAUCUGGAUCCCAGCAGAGUAGAUGCUUGUGUUUUGCCAGUAAAAUAUUGAAAUCAUGAAUACAAAUGUUGUCAAAUUUGUAGAUUUCU